AUGGCGGAUCCAAAUGCAAAGAACAAGGAAGGUUCUGAUACGGAAAAUACAAGAAAUCCCGUAAACAUUCUGGACACAACCGAAGCUAUUGAAGAAAUGGCAACUGUUCCUGGCGGAAAGGUCGCCAUAAAUUUGAAGGACAAGCCUUCUCAAGAAAAUGUCUUCAGCAGCUUAAGCCCAAGCUCAGAUGCAGAAACCAACGAUGAAAGUGGAAAUUUGGUUAUUGAUACUUCUUCGGAUGGCUCAGAGAACGAAAAUAGUCCUCAGUAUCAAUAUUCCUUGUCCUCAGCAGAUUCUGAUGUAGAAACAACUGAUAAUUGUACUAGGGAUAAAAAGCCAAGUGCCAAGGUAACUCCUAAAACUACUAGCACCGAAAAUAAAUCCCCGAAGGAGUAUUUUUAUGGCAGCAAUGUGGAAGAACACAGGUCCUUGGAUGAUCAGUACCUUAAAAAGUUUGGAAACAAGUUGACUGUGAAGUUUAGUACCACGCUACCAGCUGAAAGCAUUGGACUUCCUGAUGAGCCACGACGCCUGGUGAAAGUUCCCCAAUUUAUACACUUGGAACCCGUGGCCUAUGAAGCUGAUUCUUAUGAGAGUUGCAGGACGUUACAAGAUCUGAAGGAUAAGAAGACUCGCGAUGACUUCCUAAAUCGUCUGAAGACAACAGUGAGAUGGAGGGAGAACCAAAAUAAGGUCAAGGAAUCGAAUGCGAAGAUUGUUCGCUGGACCGACGGCAGCGAGACAUUUCACGUGGGCUCCGAGGUGUUCGAUGUGAUGCACCACCCGGUGUCCAACGACCAAAACCAUUUGUAUGUCCGCUUGGAUAGCUUCUACCAGGCUCAGGGAUUGGUCAAGGACAAGAUAACUUUUCGCCCCAUGUUGGACUCCAGUUUCGGACAGAGUCACGUAAAGGGCUUGCGCAAAACAGCCGUCGAUCAUCCGCAAUCGGGAUGUGUGAAGGUGCUAAUGGACUGGGACAUGGGAGCCGAUCCUGUGCAGGAUCGGGAGCAGCGCGUCAAGGAGGAGAUGGCCCAACUUCGCCGGGAGGAGCGUGAGAAGCGUCGCGACAAUCAAAAGCGUCGGCAAAGAAUGCGUUCUAAGCCCAUGCAACCCUCUUCGAAAAAGGACUCCAGCGAAAGGGAAAGUGAGGAUGGCGACGAUGGCGACGAUGGCGAUGAUGGCGACGAUGGCGAUGAUGGCGACAAUGGCGACGAUGGCGAUGAUGGCGAUGGUGACGACGAUGACGACGGUGACGUCGAUGACGACGGUGACGACGAGAUGAACGAUGAAAAUUGUAGCGAGGAGGAACUGUCUUUUGAGCCAAGUUGCAGCACUUCAAACAGCAAGAACAACAACCAACCAGACCCGAAAUCAGAUUCCGAUGAGGAUUUUAAGCUGGGUGCUAAACGCAAGGCCAAAAAGUUGGUCUACUCCGAUUCCGACUCGGAUUAGGUAUUCAACUAUUCGGUGUUCUCAAAAUUGC